AUGAGGCAGGCGCGUCCGACGCGUUUUGCCCUCACCGAACUUCUGCCAUCGCGUCACCCAACCCACACCCACGAGAUGAACAACUACGGCGGCUACGAAACCUCGUACAGCACCACCUCUUACGGCGCUGGCGGUGGUGCUGGCGGAGGCGGCUUCAUACCGGGAGAGGGUGGUAGUACACAGAGCCCUGGCGGUCGACAAGACCGUGCCCAAGAUACCCUGCGACCCGUCACCAUCAAGCAGAUACUUGAUGCUCAACUCGAAGUCGGCAGCAAUGACGCCUUCAAAAUCGACGGCACUGUAAUUACUCAGCUCACAUUCGUCGGUCAAAUACGCAAUAUAUCCAACCAGACUACAAACACAACGUAUAGGCUCGACGAUGGCACUGGCAGCGUAGAGGUCAAGCAGUGGGUCGAUUCCGAUGCUGCAGAGCAGAGCAACCCUACCAAAGCGAAACUCGUCGAAGGCGCCUACUGCCGAGCAUGGGGCAAGCUGAAGAGCUUCAACGACCGAAGAUCCGUCGGAGCGACCGUAAUCCGUCCAGUCGAAGACAUGAACGAAGUCUCCUAUCACCUGCUUGAAGCGACCGCGGUACAUCUAUACUUCACGCGUGGGCCCCCUGGCAGUGCGCAGGGUGGUGCUGCUACGAAUGGCGCUGGAGGACAGCAACAAGCGGGAGAUGGCGGUAGCUACGGCGGCGGAUAUGAUCUUGCCGGUUACACUGCGUCAGCGAAGAGGGUGUUCAACCAUCUUAAGACCACUCCUCAGUCCAACGAGGGUCUUAACCAGCACGAGAUCGCGGCGCAACUUGGUAUGGAUACAACCGACGUUGCAAAGGCUGGUGAUGAUCUAUUGUCGGGUGGUCUGAUUUACACCACUGUUGACGACCAGACCUGGGCCAUCCUCGAGGCUGAUUAA